GUCGAAAAAACGACUGACUACCCUUCGGCUGAGUACUCCUUGGUGGAGGAUGUAGCCCUCCACUUCACGUGUUUGAUGGACAGACUGAACGAGCAGCGCCUCUUUCAGCCGGACCUGUGCGACGUGGACAUCGUGCUGGUGCAGCACAAGAGCAUCUUCCCGGCGCACAAGGGGGUCCUGGCAGCCUACAGCCAGUUCUUCCACUCGCUCUUCACCCAAAACAAGCAGCUGCAGCGCGUGGAGCUCUCUCUGGAGGCCCUCACCUCGCAGGGCCUCCAGCAGAUCCUCAACUUCAUCUACACCUCCAAGCUCCUCGUCAACUCGGGCAAUGUGCAGGACGUGCUGAACGCAGCUGCCGUGCUGCAGAUGAACAACAUCGCCUCCUCCUGCCAGGACCUCCUCGACACCCGCUCGCUCAGCCUGGCCACCGAUAUGGCCCUGCCCGCCGAGGGCUGCGCCGGACCCCCGCCCUACUACUGCAAGAUCAAGCAGGAGGUGGAUGCCCCCCAUCCCAAGAUCUAUGCCCGGGAAGGCAACGACCCCUACUCGGUGCGGGUGGAGGAUGGAGCAGGGGGUGGGACGCUCCCCCCUGGUCCAGCCAAGCAGUACUACAAGGAGGAGAAGGAUGGGGAUCCAGGCGCCGUGUGUAAGAUAGAGGGUGAGGAGUCUGAGGAGGACCUGGAGAGCCAAGGCUCGUACAAGCGGGAGCAGAUCAUUGUAGAGGUGAACCUCAACAACCAGACCCUUAACGUCUCCAAGGGCAUGGAGGGGAAGGCGGCCGCCGGCGAGGCGGCUGUGAUGGGGCGGCCUGAGGGUGAUGGGUGCGACACGGAGGAGGAUGGGGAGGAGGAGAACGAGGAAGGGGAGGAGGAAGAGGAAGAGGAGGAGGAUGCAGAGGUGGGGGAGGAGGAGGAGGAGGAGCACAGUGAGGAGGAAGACCUGGAGGAGACGACGGAAGAAGACGACGAUGACGACGACGAUGAAGACGCGUUGGAGGUGAAAAGGGAAAAGGGUGUGCAGCCCCGCAGAGGCAGCCGCUCAUCCAAAGUCACCAAACCUGCCAUGGCAACCAGGUCCCAGGAGGUGGCCAAGGUAGAAGAGGAGGAGGAGGAGGAAGAGGAAGGCCAGCGAGGGAGGAAGAGGAAAAAGGAGCAGGACGGUUUGGGCCAGAAGGUGAAGCUGGAGGAGAAGCAGCACUACCCAUGUAAGAAGUGCCCCCGGGUCUUCAACAACCGCUGGUACCUGGAGAAGCACAUGAACGUCACGCACAGCCGCAUGCAGAUCUGCGACAAGUGCGGCAAACGCUUCUUGCUCGAGAGCGAGCUGCUGCUGCACCACCAGACCGACUGCGAGAAGAACAUCCAGUGCGUGACAUGUGGGAAGGGGUUUAAGAAGCUCUGGUCCCUCCACGAGCACAAUAAGAUCGUUCACGGCUACGCUGAGAAGAAGUUCUCCUGCGAGAUCUGCGAGAAGAAGUUCUACACCAUGGCCCACGUGCGCAAACACAUGGUUGCUCACACCAAGGACAUGCCCUUCACCUGCGAGACCUGCGGGAAGUCCUUCAAGCGCAGCAUGUCCCUCAAGGUCCAUUCGCUCCAGCACUCUGGGGAAAAGCCGUUUAAAUGCGAGAACUGCAAUGAGCGCUUCCAGUACAAGUACCAGCUGCGCUCCCACAUGAGCAUCCACAUCGGCCACAAGCAGUUCAUGUGCCAGUGGUGCGGCAAGGACUUCAACAUGAAGCAGUACUUCGACGAGCACAUGAAGACGCACACGG